GUCCUGCUCCUAGCUGUGCCACCACACACCACGUCUGUGCCACCACACACCACGGACAGACGGGCAGCGGCCAAGCCUCCACCAUGAACGACAUCUACAAAGCAGCGGUAGAACAACUUACAGACGAGCAGAAAAAUGAGUUCAAGGCGGCCUUUGACAUCUUCGUCCAGGAUGCCGAGGACGGAUGCAUCAGUACCAAGGAGUUGGGCAAGGUGAUGAGGAUGCUGGGACAGAACCCUACCCCCGAGGAGCUCCAGGAGAUGAUCGACGAGGUGGACGAAGAUGGCAGUGGAACAGUGGACUUCGACGAGUUCCUGGUGAUGAUGGUGAGGUGCAUGAAGGACGACAGCAAAGGGAAAACAGAGGAGGAACUGGCAGACCUUUUUCGCAUGUUUGACAAGAAUGCGGAUGGAUACAUCGACCUGGAGGAGCUGAAGGUGAUGCUGGAGGCCACAGGAGAGGCCAUCACUGAGGAUGACAUCGAAGAGCUCAUGAAGGAUGGUGACAAGAACAAUGAUGGGAAAAUUGACUAUGACGAGUUCUUAGAGUUCAUGAAAGGAGUAGAAUAAAAGCGUCAAGAGAAGAAAGCGUCCCCUGGCCCUUAGUAAAAUUGUGUUCAUUUCACUUCAACGUCAUAGAAACCUAUGAGAACUGGAGGCUGAUGUUUGGAAGUCAUCGGCAGAAUGUCUGAACGACAUUGCAAGAUUUCGUUGAAUAAUCGAAUUGCUCAUGUAUUUUUAUAACUUUCUACAAUUUCUUGCAUUGUUGUAAAUACAGUUUGUAACUGGUUUUGGUGUACUGCAUUAUGUAAAGGUAAACAAAUGUAAACCACACAUCUAAAACCUAUUUAAGACUUUUAGCAGUUUGGAUACUUGAACUAUCUAAAAUAAUUUUUAAAUACC